UCACUUCCAUUGCUAAAUCCUCCAUAUAUACAAACCCUUGGUUGUGACUUGUGAGAGUGGAAGGCAAAUAAGAGUAGAGAAGAGAAGAUGGAAAAGAGCAAGGUUCUUGUUGUGGGUGGAACAGGCUACGUUGGAAGGAGGAUAGUGAAGGCAAGCUUAGCCCAAGGCCAUCCCACCUUCGUCCUCCAACGCCCGGAAAUCGGUAUGGACAUCGAUAAACUGCAGAUGCUGCUGUCCUUCAAGGCCAAAGGGGCUACCCUUGUGGAGGGCUCCUUUGCAGAUCAUAAGAGUCUGGUGGAAGCAGUGAAGAAAGUAGAUGUGGUAAUCUGUACCAUGUCUGGGGUCCAUUUCAGGAGUCACAACAUUUUGUUGCAGAUCAAACUUGUCGAGGCCAUCAAAGAAGCUGGAAACAUUAAGCGAUUCUUGCCUUCAGAGUUUGGAAUGGACCCAGCAAGGAUGGGAGAUGCACUUGAACCAGGAAGAGUAACAUUUGAUGAGAAGAUGAUUGUGAGGAAGGCCAUAGAAGAAGCCAACAUCCCCCACACUUACGUGUCUUCCAACUGCUUUGCAGGCUACUUUGUUCCGAGCCUAGGUCAGGUGGGUGUUCUCACCCCUCCAAAGGAAAAGGUUUGUCUAUAUGGAGAUGGCAAUGUCAAAGCGGUUUUCGUGGAGGAAUAUGAUAUCGCAACAUACACAAUGAAAACAAUAGAUGAUCCUCGUACAUUGAACAAGACAGUUUACAUUAGGCCACCAGAAAACAUUCUCUCCCAGAGGCAAUUAGUUGAGAUAUGGGAAAAGCUCACGGGGAAGAAACUAGACAAGUUUAGCAUCUCUAAAGAAGACUUUCUAGCCUCUAUGGAAGGUCAGGACUUCACAUUCCAAGUUGGGGUAGGACAUUUCUAUCACAUUUACUACGAGGGUUGUUUGACGAACUUUGAGAUUGGAGAAGAGGGAGAAGAAGCUGCAACGCUCUAUCCGGAGGUCAAUUACAAGCGAAUGGAUGAAUACCUGAAGCUUUAUGUGUAAGAAGUAUGCAUGUCUCUCUACCAAAGCUUAUUAUAUGGUGAUGAAAUAAAAGCUUUGGAGUUGGGGUAUCGGUUCUCCUAUGUCGAUAAGAAUGCAUUUGAAAGUGUUUUUCUUUCAAGUAUUUUUAAUGGAAGCAUUUUUGUAGAAAUUGGUUGUAGGAGAAUCAUUUAUC